CAGCUUUCCAGCCCUCAAAUUUCGUAAUUUCAGCUUCAAUUUUUCAUUACUUUUAAACUUUAUUCGCGCAUUUCCAAUUCAAAAUUUAGCAUUUGCAAUUUGGUUCCAGGACAUUGCGCGUGUGCAUCCCUUGAAUUUCUCGUUUUUAGUAUUCACCGGCGGCGACACUGCAGCACACUUUAAUAAGCCAUGAACAGUGAUAAUAGCGCAGACGCAGGAUCGCAGCAGCACACGCAGUUAGUAGACAGUCGGCGAGCACUCUUACGCGAGGUGUAUUUCUGGACGCAUGCAAGAGACAAGGACGUGGUAGCAGCAAUGGACAAAACAGCCGACAGACUAUUCGACAGCGCAGCGAUGCGCAGCGAGUUUGAGAACUUUUACAAGAUAUACACAGAGGACCCGCAGAAGGCGCUCGCCAGGGCACGCGACGAGGGCGAGGACAGCUGGAGACAAAUGGCAGAGUCGGCACAGAACACAGACAUGGACGUAGUCGAAGAGGAAAUGGGAGACGACGGGGUGGUGCACCCGGACGACGUGGUGUUCAUGUCAGACCUGGUACCGGUGGCGACGGCAGAGGUGCAGCAGCAGUACGCACCGCAGACGGCAGAGAUGAUUGAGAGCAGCGCAUUGUAUCGGGUGUACCAGGAGCAGCUGGAGGACAUCAACUGCAACAGCGCGAAUGCGUACAGCUGGCAGCAGCAGGCGCAGAAGCAGCCAUUGUACGAGGUUCUGCAAAAGUCGAGGAAAUUUGUGUCGACGCAGGACUGGGAGCUAGCGCAGGAGGAGCUGAUACGGGUGCGGGUGAUGGAGCGAAUUGAGGAGCUGAAGAAAGCAGGCAAAUGGUCGUUCUGGCAGCCACGCAAGCACCGGGCGCCGGCCCGCACCAAGGCGCACUGGGACUAUUUGCUGGAUGAGUGCGUGUGGAUGCAUUGUGAUUUCGCCGAGGAGCGCAAGUGGCGGCAGGCGAUGGCUAAAGCAGUGGCAGAGUGGGUGGUGGAGUACCAUAUGGCCAAAGACAAAUCGCUGUAUACAGUUAAUGGGCGGCGGGCGCGUCGGGCAUUUGAGCGGCGAGUGCCUGAAGACAAGCUGGAGAGCGGCGAGUCCGGGGAGCAGGAUGGCGAAAGUGAGGCUAUCCAAGAGACUCCGGGGUCGGGAGAUGUCGAGAUGAUGGCAGAAGCCGAUGAGUCACAGGCUACCGCGCAGGAACAGCAGCAGCAGCAGUCCGAAGAACAAUCAGCAGAACAGUCGGUUGAGCAGUCCGAGACGCAGAGCGAUGAAAAGGAUGCAGAAGUGGAGUGCAAAUCGGAAGACGCAUCGGAGCAGCAAUCACAGUCAACGCCGGCAGCAGUGGGCGUGGGAGAUGUUGAGAUGUCAGAGCCACAGCCAGUAGCUGAAGCCGAGGACAGCACAAGCCCCGAUACCAAGGGAGCAGAGUCGAGCACCGACCCGAGUGCAGACCAGAAGCCUGAAAUUGAGGAGGAGGUGGUGGUGAAGACUGAGAGCGGAGCGGAGCCACAGACAUGUCGGCAGAAGACAAGGAUGCAGGCACGCCGGAUGUGGGCGGCAGCGACCACGUGGUGCCAGCCAGCAUGGACAUCUACGAGAGCGCUCUGUCGGUGUACCAGAUCCUGGCGCAGAUGCCGGACACGGAAGGCAUUGAGGAGAUUCUGGGAGACAGCAUAUUCUCGCUGCAGAUGCUGCGGUCGGUAGUGCCGUACGGGCCGGCGUGGGACGAGCCGUACUGUGACAUCCUGGACGCGUCACCGGUGGUGCCGAUCUGCAAGACGAUGUGGCCGGACUUUGGAGUCGAGUCAGAUGACGACGACAUGG